AUGCAACUCCCCCGUCGUCGAGCACGCGGAGUCGAAGAGGGAGAGGGAUGGCCUCACCAGCACCAGGAGCCCUGGAGGAGGAAGAGAAGGGGUUGGUUGGCCUGCACCGGCUUGUUCCGGUUCGCGGACGGCGCGGACGCGGUGCUCAUGUCCGCGGGUGCCGCUGGUGCAGUCGCCAGCGGCGUGGUGCAGCUGCUCAUGGCGCUCAUCUUCGGCGAGGUCGUCAAUGCCUUCGGCUCCGGCUCCCGCCACGACAUCCUGCACCGCGUCUCCAGGAAAGGCGAUGAUAAUGCCAACGGCGGCCACUGCAUGGUGAACUGGCCAACUGACCCCAAUGGUGCAUAUUCCCAGCUUAUCCAGCUGCAGGAUAUAACUGGAGAUCCAGAUGCAUCUGAUGUAGAUUAUCAAAGGUCUACUUCAGCUGUCAGAAAUGUCGAGUCCUUGAGCAAAUCUAUGCAUGCUCCAUCUCUCAAGAGGUCAAUAACUGGUGGCGCUUCAUUAGGGAGUACCAGCGUGCACUUGAUCACUAGUGCCAACAUGAUUGUCCCGGAGAGCACAGUUACUGAACCACUGCCUAAAGUAUCGGAUGAAGGUGAAGAAUGCAGGAAGGUUGCCCUCUCUCGUCUUAUUUCUCUGAAUAAACCUGAGAUGCCAGUCCUUCUGUUAGGUACAGUGGCUGCAGUCAUAUCAGGUGUUAUGUUUCCAAUGUUAGGUUUGCUGAUGUCCAGUUCCAUCAAUUCAUUUUAUGAGCCUCCUCAUCAACUCCAGAAAGAUUCACGGUUAUGGACAUUGAUGUAUGUAGCAUCAGGAGUUGCUUCGUUUAUUAUCCUGCCAGUGGAGAAUCUCCUUUUUGGAGUAGCUGGUGGAAAAUUGGUUGAACGCGUUCGCUCGUUAUCUUUUCAAAGCAUUGUUUGUCAAGAAAUCAGCUGGUUUGAUAGGUCCUCAAAUGCUAGUGGAAAUGUUGGUGCAAGGCUGUCUGUCGAUGCUUCAAAUAUACGACGUCUUGUAGGCGAUUCAUUGGCAUUGAUGGUUCGAAGCACUGUUACAGUUAUUGCUGGAUUUGUCAUUGCAAUGGUUGCAAAUUGGAGGCUUGCCCUUGUUACCACGGUAGUGCUUCCUUGGGGGGGCGGUCUCCAGGGAUUCCUCCAAAUAAAGUUCUUGGAGGGAUUCAGUGCAGAUACCAAGGCAAUGUAUGAAGAAGCAACUCAAGUGCCAAAUGAUGCUGUCAGUGGUAUUCGAACUAUUGCUUCUUUCUGUGCGGAGCGUAAGGUAAUGAAGACUUACUAUGGAAAAUGCAAAGCUCCAGUGCCGCAGGGGACUCGUCAAGGCAUUGUCAGUGGCUUGGGCUUUGGUGUAUCAUUCUUCCUAAUGUAUUCUACAUAUGCCCUUUGUUUCUACAUUGGAGCGAAGUUCAUUCUUGAUGGCAAGGCCACGUUCACUGAAGUAUUCAGAGUAAUCAAACUGUUCAGAUUACUAAGCUUCAAGUGUUCACAGAGAAGUGUGUUAGGUUCAGAUUAUGCCAAGGCCAAAGCAUCAGCAUCAACAAUAUUUGCACUCAUUGAUCGUAAAUCAAAGAUCGAUCCUAGCACUGAUGACGGCAUGGUCUUGGUUGACGUCGUUGGCGAACUUGAACUCCGCCACAUCUGUUUCUCAUAUCCAUCCCGCCCUGAUAUUCAAAUAUUCAGAGAUCUCAACUUGAGAAUACCAUCCGGGAAGACGGUUGCCCUCGUCGGCGAGAACAGCUGCGGCAAAUCCACCAUCAUCGCUCUCCUGGAGAGAUUUUACGACCCUGAUUCUGGCACGAUCACAUUGGACGGUGUGGACAUCAAGGACCUAAACGUGCGCUGGCUGCGGCGGCAGAUGGGGCUGCCUACGGGAAAGAAGGCGAGGCGACGGAAGAAGAGAUCACCGCCGCCGCGCAGGCCGCGAACGCGCACCAGUUCAUCUCGGCGCUGCCGCAGGGCUAGCACCGUGGCCGGCGAGAGGGGCGCCCAGCUGUCCGGCGGGCAGAAGCAGCGGGUGGCCAUCGCGAGGGCCGUGCUGAGGGACCCGAGGAUCCUGCUGCUCGACGAGGCGACGAGCGCGCUGGACGCCGAGUCGGAGCGCGCCGUCCAGGAGGCGCUGGACUGGGCUGCGGUCGGCAGGACGACGGUCGUGGUGGCGCACCGGCUGUCCACGAUCAGGGGCGCCGACGUGAUCGCCGUGCUGCGGAACGGCGAGGUCGUCGCACAGGGCACGCACCAGCAGCUGAUGGCGGCUAGGUAUGGCGCGUACGGGGCGCUCGUGGAGCUCCGCAUGAGGUCCGAGCGCGCCGGAGUGUCCUCGUCAGCAUGA